AUGGACGAAGGGGCAAAUGACUCCGAGACGGCGAAGAGGAAGCGUCCAGAUAUCACUCUCCGAAGAGCACUCAGGAAGGACAAGGAGACAUCCGUGGUUCAGACGGGAUGGAAGUUCCUCUGUCAAGAUCUCGGCAUAAGAGAUCGGAUCGAGGAGAUCAUCCCGGAGGUGACUCGCAUCCGAGUCGAGACUUGCCUCCUGCUCAACCUCCACUUCAUCCGCCUUCUGAAUGACGGACGGCCCAUACCCGUCAUCGACCAGAACUUGGUCGGACGUGCUAUGCAGUGUACGUACUCCAAGAAUCCGCAAGCAGACCCAGACCUCCACGAGACAUUCGCCCACCACUACCUCCCCCUCUGCACCAAUCGUCCGAACAACGGCUGCCUCCCUCGUAUCACCAACGUCCUCCUGGACCUCCGCAACCAGCUCCUUAGCAACAUCAAGAAUCAUAUCGCGGUCCUCUUCCAGUCAAGACACAGGGCCUUCAUGAAGCUACUCCUCCGAGAGGCUUCUCCAGAUGUGCCGUUCUUUGGGGACACGGACGAGGAUCUGGAGUCGUGCACCCGGCUGCUGACGACCGCAACGUUGUGGCGUCCGAACGAGAGCGUCCAAGAGCUGCUCCCGGAGUAUCCUCGUAUCGACGGCAGGAUUCCAGAGGCAGCCAUCGAGCACCUGCAGGAUCUCGUGGAGUCCGUCAGGCCGCAGGUCGGGCCGCUGCCGGCAGCACCUCAGAGCAGACCUCACCUCUACAUGCCCUGGAUGAGGAUCAUCAGCGAGGAGUUCUCGGACCGCGUGCUGCGGUCUUUCUCCCUCGUGCCUCACGCCUCCUUCUCUGCACCUUUCAUCGCCAUCACCCCUACCACGUGGCCCGAGCUGCAGCCAAAGAGCGGCAAGAGAAAGGCUCCGGGAGUGCUCCGCGAUGCUUUUCCCUCCAUCGGACGGCUGGAGAGCGGUGGGAAGAGAUUCGCGGACCGGAUCACCACGGAUGGAGUGUCCGCUAGUGUGUACUUCUUGGUGGAGAAGAGGACGCCCUCUCCGCAAGACCGAGCGGUGCAUAUUCACCCCAAGCAGCGCGUGGUGGGGCUGGACCCAGGAAAGCACCCUGACUUCCUCACGGGCAUCGCCGUGACGGGCGACUGGGAUGGCAUCGCGCAUCAGGAGGAGGUCAUCGGCCUGGGAACCCGGGAUUUCUACCACCGAGCAGGAUUCGAGAAGCGGACGUCCCUCAUGCACUCCUGGAUGUCCAGAGACCUGGACGUGGCAGCCUUCAACAAAGAUGCUCCUCCCGGGAACACCGUGAGCCUGGAGGAGUUCGGGAAGAGGGUGAGCUUCGUUAUGGCGAGCUUGUACGACCUGGUACGCUUUCAUACAGCGAGGAGGGUCCGAAAGCUGAGGCGGAGAGUGACGAUCAAGAGACAGAUCGAGGUGGACAGAGCGUGCAAGAGGAUCACGGCAGGGAAGAAGACCGUGGUGGCUUUCGGGGCCGCAGAGGUGUGGGCGGGCAGGACCAAGAGGCAGUGUGGGCCAUGCGAGUCGGUGAAGAGACGACUCAGCAGCCAUCACGGGGCGACGGUGGUCAUGAUAGACGAGUUCAGGACGAGCCAGGUGUGCAGCACGUGCCACUCGGACGUAGGGAAAUUCGCCGUGCUGAAGAGGCAGCGGGUGAUGGAGGAUGGACUCCCGACGGUGACCGAAGGAGGGCGUCGUGAGGACGAGGACGAGGAAGGAGGAGGGAGGACGAGCUACAAGACGUGCCACAACAAGCAUCUCCCCGGCGCCCUCUCUCAGCUGGCGGAUACCACCGGCAUGUACAGCGACGGUCUAUUGGACUUUCUAAACGGACCCACGGCCGCUCAGAUCAAGAAAUUCUUCAUAGUGCUACGCAUAGUGGCCACGGCCGCACUGCUCUACUACGCCUACUGGUUUAGCAACAAGUUGAGGUCGAUUUCCCUCGAGAGGCAGUAUGAAUCGGAGGAGAGGAGGCAGACGGAGGUGGCGAGGGCUCUCGCGGAAAACACCCUCUGGUUGGGGUCUCAGAGAGGGGUUAUCCCCCUCAUCUGGGACAUAUGGAUGACGCUCCUCUUCACCUUUGUAAUCGUAUAUGGCGUGAAGCAAGUGCUGGAGAAGCGCCUCGGCGAGUAUGUCAUGCGGCAGAUCGCCGAACAGGCCGCCGCCGUGCUCAAGAAGAAGUGA